GGUAAUCAUUCCUUUAUUUCACGAGAAUACUCCAAGCACUAACCGAACACUAACUUGAACAGUCCAAAGACUCCUCACCGACGCAUAUCCACAUGCACCACCCGCGCCUGGCGGAUUUCUUCGAGGAUUUCACCCGCCCCCACACGUCGCAAUCCGCGCUCGCCUCCUCGCCACAACAUCACCCCACCGCAUCGGGGGUGACGUACGGGUCAUCCUCAUCACCGACCUCUGUCCCGUCGUAUCUGCCCAUCGAGGAAAUCUAUGUCCCGCCUCAAUUCCAGCCGCCGAACCCAGAAGACGAAGAUGACGUUGUCCCCGACCAACAUGCUGCGUUUGGGAUCACGAGGGCGAUGGAGCGCAGACGGGACCCCGUGUGGCGGGAUUUAGGCCUCGACGAGCUCGUUUCCGGGCUGCGGUUAGGGGUUGGAAGUGAAGGGGUUAAGGGUGUGCGUGUUCGAGAGGGGGGGAAGUUGAUGGGUGGGAAGCGGGUGGUUUGUUUACGAUGACUUGGGCUUUUGAGCCUGUUUACAGCUACGGACUACGGGCUACGGCUAUGGUUUACUUUAAUUCAUGAGACAUGAUAUUACAUUAUUAUAUCCUGAUGAUAUCUACCCGGGCGCGUUCGUAGAGUUUGUGGCCUAGUUGCUUCUGCU